UUCCAUAAUGGCGGUGCCCUUGUUACAAUGGGGUCUGUUGUUGAUCACUUCUUAGCAAAGUUACUGUGAAUAACUGCCGAUUUUCCAUACCGCUGUUUGUACUUAGUGAUAUUUUCCGAAGGCUACAUGUUAAAGCAACCCAGUGCAGCGGGUCCAUCCACCGUAGCCUCUCCUCAGCCAAUGAAGGAAUCCAAGGAGAACUUAUCAAUGACCGGCCAACUUAUUUUGGACCACAUCAAGCCAUGCUGGUACUGGGACAAGAAGGAUUUAGCACACACCCCGUCUCAGUCAGAGGGUCUGGACCCUGGUACAGAGGCGCGGUAUCGGAGAGAAGGAGCCCGGUUCAUAUUUGAUGUGGGAACUCGACUUGGCCUACACUAUGAUACCCUAGCAACUGGCAUCAUAUAUUUCCAUCGAUUCUACAUGUUUCAUUCCUUCAAGCAGUUCCCCCGAUAUGUGACCGGUGCUUGCUGCCUUUUCCUGGCAGGAAAAGUGGAGGAAACUCCCAAGAAAUGUAAAGACAUCAUCAAAACAGCCCGUAGUUUAUUGAAUGAUGUUCAGUUUGCACAGUUUGGUGAUGAUCCAAAGGAAGAAGUGAUGGUGUUGGAGAGAAUCCUACUCCAGACUAUUAAAUUUGACCUGCAGGUGGAGCACCCAUACAUGUUCUUGCUGCGUUAUGUCAAACAACUCAAAGGUGAGAAGAAUAAAGUGUGCAAAGUGCUACAAAUGGCAUGGACCUUUGUCAACGACAGCCUGUGCACCAUGCUGUCACUGCAGUGGGAGCCAGAGAUUAUUGCUGUGGCUGUUAUGUACCUGGCCGGUCGCCUCUGUAAGUUUGACAUCCAGGAGUGGACAGCCAAGCAGUCGUCCCGCCGCUGGUGGGAGCAGUUUGUCCAGGACGUCCCUGUUGAGCUGCUUGAAGACAUUUGCCAUCAGAUCCUCGACCUGUAUUCUCAGGGGAACAAACCCAUCCCUCAGCAGAUACAGGAAAAAGAACGACCCCCUGUUCCUCAGAUUCCUGCUCCUCCAGCGCCACAGGGCCCACCCCCGCCCACCAACCCUCCUCCCCCACCACCAAAGAAGACUUCUCCACAGGGUGGCAGUCCUGCACGUCAGCUCAAACGCACCCAUACAUCCCCGAAAGAUGAACCAAAGGCUCCAGAACAAGUUGGAUCGAAAAUCCCUCGUCUGGAGAGCCCCAUGCCCCCUCUGCCUACUUCACAGCCUCCUCCAGACCGCAAAGCCCCGGCUCCAGCCCCUCCUGCUGAAGCAGAACCAGGAAACGAAGCGGCCCCCCCUCCACCUCAUGCGCCACCUCCCCAUCAACCCCCUCCUCUCCCCCAUCGCCCACCACCACCUCCUCCCUCCAACUACAUCAUGUCCACCACCAGCUCCUACAUGUCUGGGGAGGGCUACCAGAACCUGCAGUCCAUGAUGAAGACGGAGGGUCCCUCCUAUGCCCCUAUGCCUCCCAGCUACGCCCCUCCCAUGCCACCAUACCACGUCUACCCUCCACCUGCAGCACCGCCCCCAGGCCCUCCUCCUCCACCUUCAAGCUACCCACCACCCAACUUACCCCCAACCUAUCCACCGCCAGGAUACAACAGCUACCCACCGCCUCCGCCUCCACGCAUGCCACCAAGCCACGUACCGCCUCCUGGGAUAGGCCUCCCACCUACUGGGUACCCUCCUCCACCCCCUGUGCCACCAGGACAGUCACAGGUGCCGCUGCCCCCUCCACCUGGCAUGCCCAUGAACCGUGGUGGGUGGAUGAGAUGAGACGAGUCGAGUGGAAAGAGAUGAAGAAUAACGUGAGAGUGGUAACAGUCUAUGAACUGAGACGAUGCAGAGCCACAACUGGGGACCGAAAACUCUCUGGAAAGAGAGAGAAAACAAUCAAAAACUUGUCUUAUUGUGGUACAAACUAAGGAGAGCAGAGCUCACUCACUUAAGAGACUAUCUGUAAACAGGUGCUGGGCUUGUGAUGAAGGCUUGUAGACCUGCUUUUAUGAGAACCUUAACUGCUGCCAACACCCUAUAUUGAAUUAUUUUUGACAAAAAUGGCUCAAAGGUUUCGAUUUAAAUGUGGUCGUUCUUGCGUGAAGUUUGUAUUGACAUCUGUGUUGCGCUGAGAGACAGUCGUUUGACGGUCUGGUUCACAGGAUGUACUCAGUUAAAAUAGUUUUGCCAUUGGGCAUUUAUUUCAGUCAGUAGUCUUCUGUCUUCUCUUGUCCAUGUGUUACUCUCCUCACUACAUCAAAGAACAACCUCUGAGCUGCAGAACCUGGAGUGUUAAGAAAGGCAUACGCCUUUGUGUUUUUCUUGUCCAACGGUUUAGUCAUUUUCAUAGCACAGUUCUCUUCCACCAUGUUCCAUCAAAACAAACUGGACAUUAUUUUGCAAAGGUACCAUCUCUGAGCGGCCCCAGUCAGGUGUCAUAUAUUUUAAAGAAAUACAAACUAUUCCACAAUGCUGAGUUUUUGGCCCUAGUUCCAAAAUGAUGAAUGGUGCCAGACCCAUCUCCAGCACUUGCUUAACACUAAGUGUGGAGAUAGGUCUGGCUAUGCUAAGCUAAAAGCAUCUUGGUUUUUUUAUACUGUUGCAGCGAUAGAGGAGCAGAAAAGACAAAGAACUGGAAAGCGUAGAAAAUCCAAUCCAAAACCUCUAAAUAGAAAUCAGUGUACUGGGGCUGGUACUGUAGCUUUGUUAAUAAACAGGCUGUCAGCACUAAACACACCAACAGAAAUGUCAUGUAAGCAUUUGUAAAUGUAGUGCACCUUCACACGUAUGAGCUAAAUUCCUUUUCCAGUUCUGGGCUCUCAUUACAAACACUUUCCACUCACUGUUUUUGUGCAACGCAAAAGCAUUCUGUUUCUCAUCACACUUGAUCGCUCACCUAAAUAAGGGGAGAUGCAAUGUACCACUUUUAGGAUCAAAGGUUAAGUGUCCCCAUCAAUAUUUCUUUUACAGUCAUGUUUAAAUUGCUUUACCUGGAUUGUUUCUCCUCAUCUCCCUUGAAAACAUUUUCUCCACAGAAUGUCUGUGUGAUAUAAUCAUGAGAUGGACUUGUAAAAGGCCUGCUCUACAGCUAACUAAGAAUGACACAUGCUGUGUAAUUCAGUCAUGUUUGUGGAUUAGUGUGAACAUGCUGUAAACUGUCUUAUUUGAUUUUAUUCUGUGGAAAACACUGAGGUCACGCUACAAGAACCUUCCUCUGUCAUUAGACAUUUCAUGUUACGCAAUGUCAGUUUUCAUUUUAUUCCUCAGUUUGCUUUCUCUGUCUUAUUGUUAGCGGUGACUCGGCACUGCAGAUGGUAUUACAAGAACUAAAGAACACAAACCAACUAUGUCUGACACUGGACAGUUCACAGAAUUUUUGUACAUACGAUCUUUUCCUUUUAGAUUUUUUGUUGAAUUUCUAUCCAUAUGUGCCUUAGACAGGCUCCUCUUUUCUGUAUCCUGCACACAGCUUCAGUUUUGUGUCAAAGUGGCACCUAGGACAAUAAAGACCUGCUUUUUCCUACUUUGAACUAUCAGAAACCGUUCUCAGGACUCUUAAUACGUUUAGUUUCACUUCCAUCAUUCUACCAACAGAGGGCAGCCUGACUCAUCUAAUGAGAACAACAGGCCAGCGAUGUGGUUUGGCUCUUCAAAUUAAAAGACAACACAAGACAUCAUUAACCAAGUUUUGUUUAUUUUCUCCCAAUGUUUUUCUAAAAGUGGCCUAUUUAAUAUUUUCUUUUUACCUGCCAAUAUUCAUCUCCUAAGUGAAAAGUAGUUACAGUCAUGCUAGUUACUACAGGAAUUGACAUUUACACUGUAGAUUCUAGGAUUCUGUACUGCAAUUUAGCACAUAGGCAGAAAAAAAGAAAUCCUAUAGAUAAUAAAAACAGUUAGGUUCCAAAUCAAAACACCAUGCAGAAAAAAAAAGUGGCACGUCUCAAAUCAAAUGCCAUUUAUAAAGUAUUCAAAAUUGUAUCAUGGCUUCAAAUCAGUUCCUAGAAAAAAGGACACUUUAAUAAAUCAUACUUGGAUUUAUUAUUUUGACUCGUUAUUUGAGAGAGCAGAGGUGCAUGGUGGGCAUCCUCGGAAAUGUUCUAAUUUGGAACAAAUAAAAUUUAGAGAUGGGAGAGCCAGAGAUGUCAGCCACCAAACAGAUCGAUCAGAUAACUGUACAAGACGGAGUGAAUCUGAGUAACAUAUGAUUGUUUAGUAACUGAUGGCGCUCCCAUCUCUAUCUGACACCUGGCAAUAAAUACUUUGACAAACAGUAUUUUGUUCAUUCUGACAUCAAGAAAUACUCAUGUUAAAUGUUUUCAGGAGACAUCUAGGUGAAGACUUAUCUCACAUUCUACAGAAAAAAAAAAAAAAAAAAAAAAAGAUAAAACUUUUAAGAAACAUGCGCUGCGUAAACACACCU